AACGUCCAAAAUCCUAUUACUGCACGUUCGGUUUUAAUUGAGUUGACGGGUCACGUGUUCGGGCAGCCCGCAGGUUACCCGGAUGAGACAAAUAACAGCUCGUACCUGUCAGACGGAGAGGAAAGCGCUCGGAAAACUACGAUGGACUUCAUGACAGAUCGGGACGUGCAAAAGUACAGGGAGGACGGCUACGUGGUUCUGGACGGGCUGCUGAGCUCCCAGGAGUGCGACGAGCUGAGGCAGAGGAUGAGCGACAUCGUGGAGCGGAUGGACGUGCCGGAUCACUGCCGCACCACCUUCUCCACCUACCACGACGAGCAGCUGAAAACACAGGGAAACGCUGACUAUUUCAUCACCAGCGGAGAUAAGAUCCGCUUUUUCUUCGAGAAAGGUGUUUUCGAUGACAAAGGAGAAUUCAUCGUACCAAAGCAGCGGUCACUGAAUAAAGUUGGACAUGCUCUACAUGCAUAUGAGCCUUUGUACAGAGAUGUUACACGUUCAGCCAAAGUUCAGGGCAUAGCAAAGAAGCUGGGGCUGGUGAGCCCCGUCAUACUGCAGAGCAUGUACAUUUUUAAGCAACCGGGAAUCGGAGGGGAAGUGACACCCCACCAGGACGCCACCUUUCUGUACACGGAGCCUCUGGGCAGAGUUCUGGGCCUGUGGAUCGCCCUGGAGGACGCCACCGUCAACAACGGCUGCCUGUGGUUUAUCCCCGGCUCACACAUGAGCGGAAUCUCUCGGCGGAUGGUGCGGACCCCUAAAGGCACCUUUCCUCUGACGGACUUCGUCGGCAGGGAGCAGACGUACGACGAUGAGAAGUUUGUCGCCGCGCCGGUUAAAAAAGGUGGCGCGGUGCUGAUCCACGGGGAGGUGGUGCACCGGAGCGCCCCCAACACCUCAGAGGACUCCCGACACGUCUACACCUUCCACCUCAUGGAGGCCCUGAACACCCGCUGGAGCCCCGAGAACUGGCUGCAGCCCACCGAGGAACUGCCUUUCCCCCCCCUCUACACGAAGUGAAGCACGUCUCUGGCACUGCGCAGAGGGACCAACCUGUGGAGUCCUCAUAGCGUUUAAAUACAGCUCAUCUGUUCCUCUGAGCCUCAUCCAGACCAGCACACUGCUUCUUUUUAGACAGAAGCUCCUUUCUCACUUUUAAAGACUGUGAACAACCGUUUGGCCCCAAAUGGGUCCACAUCUAAAAAUACUUUAACUAUAUAACCUCAAAGGUAAUCCAAGUGGAUUUUCUUUUUUUUGUCGGUCCAUGUUCCAAGUCAUCAGAGUAGGUUUGACCUUUUUCAUAGGACUGUAGUGGGUUGGACCAUUAAAGGGAAAAGUCUAUUUGAGAGCCACUGAACUACUCUGUGAUAAAUGGUGAACAAAUUAUAAUGAACUUCUCUGAAAUAAACAUUUUAAAAAAAAACAUUUUGAUC